ACAUGGGCUUCCGAAGGAAGUCCAUGUCAUAAAUUACAAACAAAAGUAGGCCAGUACUUCAUGUACCACAAAAUGAAUAGGCACCAUCAGUAAUAUGUAGAUUGCUGUCUUAGGUAGGAUCUUACAUGAAGUACUAGCCUUUCAUUGGUCAUGAUUUUUUGUUAGGCUUCAAAUUGCACAGUAAUUCAUGUACUACCCAUGAAUUGGCUCAUAGCUAAUAUCUACAUAGGAUCUUAUGUAGAGUCUUAUAGUUAGGAGUUACAUGAAGUAUUAACCCGUCCUUGGUCGUCUUGACUCGUGGAGCGAAGGCAAAAGUUAUUCGAUGGAAAAAAUCAAGCUACGAACGCUGUCCUUACAUACAAACGCACACGCCAUUCGUGGUAGGCCUACACUAAAAGUUUCUCAGCGUAAUUUUCGGAACGGGCCGGUCCACGAAUCUAUUAGCAUGAAUAGCGUUGAUGUCGUUGAUCUUAGCAGUUCUAAUGAGCCAAAUACGACUCAAACCCACAAUGUAACUGACAAAAGUACAAUAACUGACACGUUAACUAACUCUACGAUUGCUGAGAUGAAGAAAUCUAGUGCACCUGAAACCAAGUAUCCUUCUAAUUACCGAACGACUUGCCAAGGUGACCAGUCGAUACCGAGCGACAAAGCCGCCGCCAUUUUAUUCUCGCGAAGGAUGCGACAUUGGUUGGAUUUCUUAAAUGGACAUUUGAAUUCAUUUCUUUCAGUGAGUCUUUGGAUAACUAUAUUUAUUUUUAUAGUUGUCUGUACUUAUAGAGAGUCAUUCAGCAAGGUUUUUAUAGUUUUUGUUGUAAUAAUGUUUCAACUGAUUGCAAUAGCUUCGCUUUCCACGUGGACAGCUGUAUACAACUUUUCACAAACUCUUGAUGACUGCCAUAUACUUGAAAAGACUAUUUAUUUUUCUAAUAUUAACAAUUAUAAUGAUGUUACAGUGUCAAUGAAAGUAAUAAACUUUAGAUCUCGCUAUGCUAAAUAUGUGUAUUAUCCUUGUAAUCGUGUUGUGUGUGAAUGUCAUGGUAAUAAGCGGGAUCGAGAGCCAAGCAGAAUACCGUUCAAUAAGUUAAAUCGUCUCUCUAAGAAGAGCAGGAAUCUACGAAGAUAUGUGUGCCAUCGUGUCCUCAAAAGCAUCCCCAGAUCUUCACAACUUCACCAUGCUAUUUCCUCUAUUUAUAUAACAGUACGUAGUAGUAUGAAUAAAAGUACACAAAUAAAAUCAAAAUAUUUUACGUUUAUGCACAAAAUUAGAAAGAAAGCGUUUGCUUUAAAUUUCAGAUAUUUCAUGUAUUCAAAUAUACAUAAGGGCGGUCGGAUGUGGUUAAAGUUAUUUUCAUGUAAUUGUUCAACCUACGAGUUUAAGAGUGCAAGUCACAGAAGUAAUUGUACUAAAUACAAACUUUGCAAUGACAUAGAGACAAAUCCAGGUCCUGAUCAUGUCCACUAUGUUGACUCUAGUAAAACAGUAAAAGCGCCAUACAGUCAAGGAAACGUGAUGGUAUUCAGAGAAAAUGCUGGGCAGCAGUGUGUCGCAAUGAGUCUUUUUGCUUUAAUAUAUCAUGUCAUGAAAGGAAUUAACACACCUAAUGAUUUAACACAAAUAAUGCACAUUGGAAAUAAACUGUACAACAGUUUAUCACAACUAGCAAGACAGUCAUUCCUAAUGUUGACAGAAUUGCCUACAAUGCUUUCAGUCCUAGAGGAAAAUUAUCAACUAGAUUAUAGUGUAAGCUAUACUGGUAAUAUACAUGGUGAUGUUGCUAUUGAUGGAUAUGAAUAUUGUAUGGGACUACAAAGAGCUUUUCAGACAUUGAUAUCACAAGAAUAUAAAUCAUUUAUUUUGAUUGCUGGAUGUAUUGGAGUUGCAAUUAUUUAUUGUCCUAUUUCUCAUCACUUUAAAAUAUUUGAUUCUCAUGCUAGGGAUAUUUACGGAAACAGUCAUCCACAAGGGACAUGUGUAUUAUUGCAUGCAUUAUCUAUAAACAACCUAGUACAAUAUUUCCAAAGUCUAUAUGGGUUAACAGACACAUAUGAACUAAAAGGCAUAAGAGUUAUCAGUCCUGUAGUGCCUCUACAGAAUGCAGGUCAAGAAGCUGAUAAAAACAAUACAGCAAGGUCUUAUGCAAUAUGCCUUUAUUCCAUAUGUUAUUCAAUUAUUUCACCUUGCAAUUAUUGGAGAUCAAAUACUUUGCAUGCAAUUGAAAACAGUUCAUCUCAAUUUGAUUUUACAUCUGACUUACCAGACUGUGCUGAUAUUUGUGGAAAUAAUAUAAAAAUACAAUGCAACAAGCAAAUCAAUGAAAUACUACUAAAUUCAAAUGAGAGUAGGGAAACUUUAAAGACUUUGAUAUUAAACAAUCAUAAUUUCCUUGAAAAUACAGGAUUUCUGAUGUGUACUUCAAGUAGUUGUAUAGCUUGUAUAAAUCAAAAAAAUUCCAAAGUGAAAUAUUUGUUUUCUAUCGUGUCAUAUUGUGAUGGCAAGACACCUGCAAUAGAACACAAAAAAAAUAUUAAAGGGAUAAAUGCACUUAUAAACACAAUAAAUAAUAUAUUUAUUAAAAACAGACAAAUUGAUGAGAAAGUAGUAUAUAACAUAAAAUUUAUUAAAUGCUCUAGUACAAUUAAUGAAAAUGAAAGAAAAAAGAUAAUGAAAAAACACAGAAAAAAAUAUGACUAUGACACAAUGGAACCUGCUGUCAAAAAAAGAUUGUUACAAAAUAAACAAAUGAGAUAUUCAGAAAUACGCAUUGCAAAAAAGAAAGAAUCAAAUAGAAAGCAAAAAGAAAAACAUCAAUCAAUCAAUAAUUCUAAGAAUGACAUACUACGUAAGAGAAAAGAAAAGUACCAAUCAAUGGACUUGACAAGAAAGAUUGAAUUAUUAAAAAAGCAACAAACAAGGAAUCGAAAAAAUUACCAAUCAAAAAGCUUGACUAAAAAGAAUAAAAUAGUAAGUAACAGGCAAGAAAAGUACCAAUCAAUAGAAUCAACUCAAGCAACUGAAUUAUUAAGUAAGUGCAGAGAAAAUGACAAAUCAUUGCAUAAGGAUCCAGGUAGAAAGGCUGUAUUACACCAAAAGCAAAAAAAGCAAAGUGAUAAAAAUGAAAGAUCAUCUAUUGAAUUCUGCAUUAGACAAUUCAAUAUAAAAAUAAGAGAAGGACCUUUUUUUAUAUGUAAUGUAUGCCAUAGAUUAUUGUAUAAAAAAUCAGUUAAACAGUGUAAUUUGGACAAGUACCCUAGUUGUCAAACAUAUUUUUUCACUAAAAAAUCAUAUAACAACAAAGAGUAUAUAUGCAAGACAUGUCACUCUAAAGUCAUAAAAGGAAAACUACCUUGUCAAGCUGUAUUUAAUGACAUGAAUGUUGAUGAAAUACCAGCACAACUAGCUUCUCUUGAAAAACUAGAACAAAUACUUAUAGCUCAACGUAUAGUUUUUCAGAAGAUAAUUAUUAUGCCAAAAGGUCAACAAAGAAAAAUAAAAGGUGCAAUAUGUAAUGUACCAGUUGAAUGUGAUCAGACAUGUAACCAAUUGCCUCGUGCACCUGAGAGAUCUGGUAUCAUAAUGUUAAAACUGAAGAGGAAGUUGCAAUUUAGAGGGCAUGUUUACUUCCAGGCAGUACGACCAGAGUUAGUAUUACAAGCACUUUAUUGGCUCAAAGCAAACAACACAUUAUACAAAGACAUAGUAGUUGAUGUUGGUAAUGUUGAAAGCAGUGUCAUAAAUUUACAACAUGAUACAGAUGAGCCAACUACUUCAAGCAAUAAUACUACAACAAAUAUUGAUCCUUAUACACAAUUAAGUAAUGUUACAGAAGAGAAAGCAUCACAAGAAGAUAAUUUGGAAGAAAAAAGUGAAUUAAAUGAUAAUGAUGAAGAGGAAGAUGAUGAUCCUCUCAUUGAGUACAGAGCACCAGUAUAUGAGACAUGUUUACAGUCUGUUGUACCUACCUAUCCUACUGAUAAUAAUAACCAAUCCAGUGGAAAUGAAAUUUUCAGUGUAGCACCUGGAGAAAGCAAACAUCCUGUUUCAUUAAUGCUUGACAAACAAUGUGAAGAGCUUGCAUUUCCAGUCCUAUUUCCUAAAGGGAGAUAUGGUUACACAGCAGAAAGGCAGAUUCCUAUUACUCCUGUUAAGUACUUCAAUGCACGGCUUCUCCAUUACAGUGGAAGAUUUGCAACUAAUCCAGAAUAUCUUUUUUUUGCACAAUAUAUCAUUGAACAGAAGAAAGUUUCAGACAGUAUUAAUAUUGCUCUAAAGAAAGUUCAUGGUCAAUCAGUUACUGCUUCUGAAUUAAGAGACAACCCUCAGAGAUUAACAAACCUCAUUUGUCAGGAUCAGGCAUACCUAUUUCUAAGGCAAAUACCAGGUACUCCACCAUAUUGGCAAAAAUUUAUGUAUGAAGUAAUUGCAAUGGUCAAGCAACUAGGGAUUCCAACUUGGUUUAUGACACUAUCAUGUGCUGAUCUUCGAUGGCCUGAGCUAUUUCAAAUAUUAUCAAGAAUACAAGGCAACAACCUCACAGAUGAACAAGUUGAUGCUCUUUCUUAUAAUGAAAGAUGCCAAAUGCUUAAUCUUAACCCUGUUGUAGUAGCAAAGCAUUUUCAGUACAGAGUAGAAACAUUUUUUACUGAAGUGUUACUCACUGAAGCUAAACCCAUUGGUAAAAUAGUUUAUUAUGCCCUUCGUAUUGAAUUUCAAAUGCGAGGUAGUCCCCAUUUGCAUGCACUAAUAUGGUGUGAUGAUUGUCCAAAACUAGACCAUGAGAACAAACAAGCAUACAUAGACUACAUAGAUAAACAUGUACAGGCAUAUUUACCAAAUGAAGAAGAAGAUACCGAAUUGCAUAACUUGGUGAAAAUGUACCAAAAACAUAGUCACUCUAAGACAUGUAGAAAGUACAAAAACAUUCAGUGUAGGUUUAACUUUGGACAGUUUUUUACAAGCAACACAAUUGUAGCUGAACCUCUUUCUGAUGACAUUGAUGACACUGUGAAGACUAAUAUUUUAGACAAAAGGCAUGAAAUCCUUUCCUUAGUAAAACAGAAAAUAGAUGAAGUAUUAAAUCCAAGUAAAUCCAGCUAUGAUCCUUUACUAAAUGAGCAAGACAUUUUCAACUCUGUUGGAAUAACACAAGAACAGUAUUAUUCAGCAUUAGCAAUUUCACCUGACAGUAACUAUGAAUUGCAUUUAAGACGACMCAUUGACAGUUGCUUUAUAAACAACUACUUCAUUGCUGGGAUAAAAGGAUUCAAGGCCAAUGUUGAUCUCCAGCCAGUCUUUGAUCACUAUAAGUGUAUAACUUAUAUUUGCUCAUAUUUUACAAAAGAUGAAACAGAAUGUUCACAGGCAAUAAUGAAUGCAGCAAAAGAAGCAAAAGCUGAUAAUAUGAACAUUAGAGAUGGACUGAGGAAAAUUGGUGCAGCAUUUCUCUCAACUAGAGAAGUCAGUUCACAAGAAUGUGUAUAUAGAUGUAUGCCAGAGCUCUGGUUAAGGAAAAUAUUUCCAGCAACAGUCUUUGUGAAUACUGAAAUAGCAGAAAAACGCAUACGAAUUACCAAAACAAAACAACAGCUAGAUGAUUUGGAUGAGGACAGUACAGAUAUAUUCAAAUCCAAUAUCAUAGAGCGGUAUAGUAUUAGACCAAUCUCAAUUCCUAUUAUAGAAAAUCUCUGUCUUGCACAUUUUGCUGCCUAUUAUUAUAAAGAUUACAGGCAAGAAAGUAGUGAAACUMUUGAUGCACAGCCAGAAGUACUCACUGAUGACUUGGUUGAAAUAAAUCAUAGUAAUGGGCCACAUGAUGCACUUCUGCCUGAAAGAAUCAGAUUGAUAAAUAGUAAAGAGAUCAUGAAACGUAGAAGAGUCAAAGCAGUUAUUAGGUAUCAUAGGCCAAAUAAAACAAAAGAACCUGAAUCUUUUUUCCAUCAUUUGCUAAUGUUGUAUUACCCAUGGACAGAUGAAAGUGAUCUUCUUGGAAUUGACAAUACAUAUGCAUCUAAAUUCUAUGAGCCAGGGGUACAAGAUAUUGUANUACAACUCAUUUUAAAGAUGUAUGAAUUUAAAGUUUAG